UGGUCAGGAGGAGGCGGGGUCUCCCGAGACCGGCACCACCCACAUGCCAUGAGAUGGCGAUGCGCGGCCGCGUCAGCUCAUUUCUCGCCGCCCACGUACCCAGCUCCCCCCAGCCAAUGCCAAUCCACGGCGGUAUAAAUUCCCCACGCCUCGCCCACAAACUCCUCCACCUCCGAUAGAUCCAAGCUGCAAUCACGCACAGGCCUCGCCGGGAGGGAAGCAAACAAACAGAGGAGGAGGAGGAGGAGAGAUGGCGAAGGUGCACCCCAGCAACGCCGGCGUGCCAGAGCCCGCCACCACCAGCAGUAGCACUAGCAGAGCGGCGUCAGUGGAGGAAGAACAGCCCACGGUGCUGACGGUGUGGCGCAAGUCGCUGCUCUUCAACUGCGACGGCUUCACCGUCUUCGACGCCAAGGGCAACCUCGCCUUCCGUGUCGACAGCUACGGUUCCGGAAGGCGCGCCGAGGUCGUGCUCAUGGACGUCGCAGGCAAGGCGCUCCUCACCAUCCGACGCAAGAAGCUGAGCCUGGCGGAGCACUGGGUCAUCUACGACGGCGACGCCGCAGCAGCAGACAAAGCCAAAGCCAAGCCGCUCCUCUCCGUCCGCCGCCGCGUCAGCCUCCGCGCGUCCAAGGCGCUGGCGCACGUCACUCCCCUGCAGGUGCAGGGCUCGAGCAUCUCUUCCACCGAGGCGUACGUGGUGGAGGGAUCCUACGGCCGGCGGGCCUGCGCGGUGCGCGACGCGCACGGGAACGCGGUGGCCGAGGUGCGGCGGAAGGAGUCCGUUGGGGACGACGUGUUCCGGCUGGUUGCGGAUCCCCGCCUUGGCGCGCCGUUGGCCAUGGGCCUCGUCAUCACCCUCGACGAGAUGUUCGGCGGCUCGGCGCGCUCGUUGCUGCGCAGGACCUGGUCGGCGUAGUAACUACCAAGGCCGCAGAGACAAAUCGAUCGAUCGAUCGAUCGGGCCUAGCUUCAAUUCAGCGUCAGCGUCAGCGUCAGCAUAGUAGUAUCAUAUUCAUUCAGAUGGACACCUCUCAUCGGAGACGGAGAAUGACACGCACCUAGCUAGCUUCGUCUCCAUCUCCCACCGUGCCUGCCUGCCGUCAAAAGAAGAAGAAGACGACGACGAUGACGAGAAGAGUGUUGAGUCGAUUGUCUGUACCUACCGGUUUCCUUUUUCAUCUUUUUCUUCCUCCACCCGUAUGAGUGAGUACGAAGUGGGUGAUGAAGCUGAUUUUGAUCGUAGUAUGAAGUGGAUGAUGAAGCUGAUUU